GCUCUUGCUGCUCCACCUCUGUGAGUCUCCGCCCUGCAGUUUGCUCAGGUGGUGUCGGCAGCAGGAUCGCCCGUGUUCUUCAGAUCUUCUCCUCCGCGGAACAAAUCAUGGAAUAAAAGUUCAAACUUCACCGAGAGUGGAAUGAAAGUCUGAAUCCACACUUCAGAUAUGAGGAGCAGAGAGGACCGGACCCAGGACAGGAUCUUUGGAGGCUGCUUGUGACACUGUGGAGUAUUUUGAGUCCGUCCAGGUGUGGCUGCUGAACUUACCUGAGGCUGCAGCUUUGACUUCUUUACGACAGUCCUGAGGCUGCAGGUUUGACUUCUUUACGACAGUCCGUGUUGUUAAUAGCUGGUCACGAUGCCGGAGCUCAUCUCCGUGACCGAGUUCAUCUCCGAGACUAACGAGGACUACAAAGCCCCGACCACCUCCAGCUUCUCCACCCGGAUGUCCCACUGCAGGAACUCUGUGGCAGCUCUGGAGGAGGCUCUGGACGUGGACAGAUCCGUUCUGUACAAGAUCAAGAAGUCGGUGAAGGCCAUCAACACGUCCGGUCUGACUCAUGUGGAAAACGAGGAGCAGUACAUUCAGUCCAUGGAGAAGUUUGGAGACUGUGCCAACAGAGAGAAUGCCGAGGUCGGCUCAGCUUUCCAAACGUUCGCCAUUUUCACCAAAGAGCUGACAGCGCUCUUCAAAAACCUGCUACAGAACAUGAACAACAUCAUCACGUUUCCUCUGGACAGUCUGCUGAAAGGAGACCUGAAGGGGGUCAAAGGGGAUCUGAAGAAGCCUUUCGACAAAGCAUGGAAGGACUACGAGACGAAGCUAGUGAAGCUUGAGAAGGAGAAGCGGGAGCACGCCAAGCAGCACGGGAUGAUCCGCACCGAGUUCAGCGGAGGAGAGAUCGCAGAAGAGAUGGAGAAGGAGAGACGACUGUUCCAGCUGCAGAUGUGUGAGUAUCUCCUCAAAGUGAACGAGAUCAAAGUGAAGAAAGGCGCAGACUUCCUCCAGAACCUCAUCAAGUAUUUCCACGCUCAGUGCAAUUUCUUCCAGGACGGUCUGAAGGCUGUAGAGAGUCUGAAACCCUCCGUAGAGAAGCUGGCCACCGACCUGACAGCGAUUAAACAGACCCAGGAUGGAGAGAGGAAACAGCUGAUUCAGCUGCGAGACGCCCUGAAGGCCUCGCUGCAGUCGGAGCAGAAAGAGGACUCUCAGGCCAAACAAAGCUCAGGUUAUAGUCUCCACCAGCUGCAGGGCAACAAGGCUCAUGGCACCGAAUGCUCCGGAUUCCUCUUCAAGAAAAGUGAGGGCCUGAGGAAAGUGUGGCAGAAGAGGAAGUGCUCGGUGAAGAACGGUUUCCUGACGAUCAAUCACGGCACGGCUAACAGCCCUCCAGCCAAACUCAACCUACUCACCUGCCAGGUGAAAAGGAACCCUGACGAGAAGAAGAGCUUCGAUCUGUUCUCACAUGACAGAACGUAUCACUUCCAGACCGAGGAUGAAGCCGAGUGUCAGAUCUGGGUGUCGGUGCUGCAGAACAGCAAAGAGGAGGCUCUGAACAAAGCCUUUCAAGGCGACCAGAACGAAGGAGAGAACAACAUCGUGCAGGAGCUGACCAAAGCCAUCGUAGCAGAGGUGAAGAGGAUGAGCGGUAACGACGGCUGCUGCGACUGUGGAGCUCCUGCUCCCACCUGGCUGUCCACCAACCUCGGGGUGCUGAUCUGCAUCGAGUGCUCGGGGAUCCACAGAGAGAUGGGGGUCCACUACUCCAGGAUCCAGAGUCUGGACCUGGACGUCCUGGGGACCUCAGAGCUGCUGUUGGCGAAGAAUGUGGGAAAUGCCAGCUUCAACGAGAUCAUGGAGGCCAACCUGUCAGCGCAGGACGUAACUAAGCCUGAUGCGAGCAGCGACAUGCAGACGAGGAAGGACUACAUCACCGCCAAGUACACAGAGAAGCGUUUCGCUCAGCGGCUGUGUGCCGACGCCGCGUCCAGGCUGCAGACUCUGUACGAGGCGGUCAGGAACAGAGACAUCCUGUCCCUGAUCCAGGUCUACGCUGAGGGGGUGGACCUGAUGGAGGCCAGCUCACAGCCCAACGAACACGAACCCGGAGAGACGGUUCUCCACCUGGCGGUCCGUAUGGGCGACAGAAACUCGCUCCACAUUGUCGACUUCCUUGCACAGAACAGUGGUGACCUGGACAAGCAGACGGUCAGAGGAUCCACGGCGCUGCAUUACUGCUGUUUGACGGACAACAGCGAGUGUCUCAAGCUGCUGCUGAGAGGAAAAGCUUCGGUGUCCAUCACAAACGAAGCUGGAGAGAUGCCGCUUGACAUCGCCAAACGCCUCCGCCACACUCAGUGUGAAGAGCUGUUGACCCAGGCUCAAACAGGAAAGUUUAAUGUCCACGUCCACGUGGAGUAUGAGUGGCGUCUCCAGAACGAGGACCUGGACGAGAGCGAGGACGAGAUGGAGGACAAGCCAAUCCCCAACCGGCGUGAUGAGCGUCCGGUCAGCUGCUUUGUGGCGAGCAGCGGUCCAAUGCAGCCCAACAUGGCGGCGCUGGCUCGGGACGCAGCCUUCCUGGCACGGGCCAAUCAGAGGCCUCAGGUCCCCAGCAUGAUGGUCAGCAACGAGACCUACGGCACCAUGAUGGACCUGAACCUGCCGCCUCUUGGACCCACACCCCCGCUGCCCCCCAGAGUGCCCAACAGAGGACACAGUAAACCUGCUGCCAUGGAAACAGUAGGUAGACAGCGGUCGUCCUCGGACCCCCCCAACCCCCAGACCCCUGAGAGGAACUCCUCCAUGUAUGUUCUCCCAGCAGCUCCUCCAGUAAACAAGAGAUCCAGCAUGUUGGAGACCAAGACCCUGUCAGCCAGGAACACCCCCCUCCCUCCCCUCCCUCCCCUCCCUCCAGCAGCAGGACUCCCCCCAGCGAUGUUACCGCCCGCCAUCCCACCACCCCCCCACUUUAAAGCUCCACCCCUUCCCCCACCAGUCCCCAGUCACCAGACCAACAAGCCACCUGGACCCAAGUCCCCCAAAUCCCCCACUGGAUCAGCGAAGAGGCCUCCGCAGAGACCUCCUCUCAGGACCCCCUCUGUGGACAAACGAGGGUCCAAAUCCCCUCAUGGACCUCCAACACCCAAACCCAGGAACACGUUCUCCAAACAGAAGCCUAAGAGAGUGAAGGCGAUCUACAACUGUUCAGCUGAUAAUCCUGAUGAGCUGACGUUCAGCGAGGGCGAGGUGAUCGUGGUGGAGGGCGAGGAGGACAGCGAUUGGUGGGUCGGGUACGUUGAAGCAGAUCCGACCCGGAGAGGAGCGUUCCCCGUGACCUUCGUCCACUUCAUCACAGAGUGACGCCUUCCUGAACCCUCAGACUGAACUCAACGGGGUCCUCAGGAGACCUGAACCGGAGACCUGAACCUGAGACCUGAACCUAGAUCCUGAACCCAGAUCCUGAACCCAGAUCCUGAACCCAGAUGCUGAACCCAGAUCCUGAGACCUGAACCUAGAUCCUGAACCCAGAUGCUGAACCCAGAUCCUGAGACCUGAACCUAGAUCCUGAACCUGAGACUUGAACCUCAAUUCUGAACCUAGAUCCUGAACCUGAGACCUGAACCUAGAUCCUGAACCUGAGACCUGAACCUAGAUCCUGAACCUGAGACCUGAACCUAGAUCCUGAACCUGAGACCUGAACCUCAAUUCUGAACCUCAAUUCUGAACCUAGAUCCUGAAUCCAGAACCUGAACUGGGCAGAAACAAACACUGAAGCUGCUUUGAGUUCCUCCUUUAAAGCUUUCUACAAACUUCUCUCAGAUGUUCUUCAAUAAAAAUACUCCUCACCUGACGGUCCAGGAGGGAUUCUAAAGACCAAAGACCUGAAUAUCAAAGACCCUGAAAUGAUCCAGAAUAAAAAACUCUUAUUUUGAAAAUUAUCUGAAAGCAGAAGUAACGAUCGUCCGGCACACAAACAAAAACUGAUUUCCCGGUUUUGACCUGAACUGGAUCUCCCCGCCUCGGUGCUGGACCUCUGCAGCAUGGUGUUUGGACAUCAGGAGAAAAGACUGAAAGCAGUGUGUACUUCCUGCUGGACACUAACCCGUUAGACGUCACGGUGAUGUCACAGAAACACUCGUUUCUGUUUUAAAUGUUUUUACGACUUGAGAAAUCGUUUUUCUAUCUUUGUUGGCUGAAGGGAAACUUUGUGUGGAGGUUAAAUGUUUCUUUUAGUGCACCAUUAAAAACAUGUGGACGUUCCUUUCCUA